CACACAUAUAUAUAUACAGACAUCAUGUCAACGCCAGACAAUGCGGCUAACAAUGCAAUGGCGAGCAUGACGGGACAAUCAACGAGGGGACAGCAGCCAGGUAUCCCAUCGUCACUGCUAAAGUAUGUUCCAGAGCCUUUACAGCCUAUAUUUGAGAACCCUUUCUUCUCUGCAGGUUUCGGUCUGAUUGGUGUCGGCUCGGCCAUCGCACUCUUUCGCAAGGGCUUCCAGACCUCACUCAUUCAAGCGCGAAGGUACUUCUUCGUCUCUGUCGAAGUGCCCUCCAAAGACAAGAGCUAUCACUGGCUGAUGGAAUGGUUGGCAAACAAACGAUCACAAAAUACAAGACAUGUUAGUGUGGAGACAACAUUCCAUCAACAUGAAGGAGGCGAUAUAGUGUCGAGGAUCAACUUUGUACCAAGUGUUGGAUCACACUUUGUUGUGUACAAGGGUCGAGUCAUCAGGGUGGAGAGACAUCGCGAGAAGAAUGUAGUGGAUAUGAGCUCUGGCAACCUGUGGGAGUCAAUCACGCUGACGACACUGGGCUUCAAACGUGAUAUAUUCUCAAAGUUGUUGGACGAAGCCCGAGUGAUGGCAGCCGAGCGCGAGGAGGGCAAGACAAUCAUAUAUACUUCAAUGGGCACCGAGUGGCGUCGCUUUGGACAUCCAAGGAAGCGCCGUCCAAUCGCCUCGGUCAUCCUGGAUCACGGCGUCUCUGCUCACAUUGUCGACGACGUCAAACGCUUCUUGACCAACUCAUCAUGGUACACUGAUCGUGGUAUCCCAUACCGUCGCGGCUAUCUGCUGUUUGGCCCACCUGGCACGGGAAAGAGCAGCUUCAUCACCGCGCUGGCCGGUGAGCUGCAGCUCAGCAUCUGUAUACUAAACUUGGCUGGCAAGAACGUGAGCGACGCCACACUCAACCAACUGCUGGCGUCCGCGCCACAGCGAUCGAUCAUCUUGUUGGAGGACAUUGACGCGGCGAUCUCCACGUCAUCCAGCCCGGCCGCCUCUGCGGCCCAACAACAGGGCCAACCAAUGCAAUAUCAAUAUCAAUACCAAGGCGGCUCGAUGAUGACCAGCUCGGGUAGUCAACUGACGUGGAGCGGGUUGCUCAACGCGCUGGAUGGCGUGGCGGCCAGCGAGGGCAGGAUCUUGUUCAUGACAACCAACCAUCUAGAGAAGCUGGAUCGCGUAUUGAUCCGUCCGGGCCGUGUCGAUAUGAUUGAGCGCAUUGGAUUGGCAUCGAGCCACCAGGUCGAAAAGAUGUUCCUCAAGUUCUACCCCGGCGAGACUGCACUGGCCACCCAAUUCACCAGCCAUAUCCCGUCCGAGACAGUCAGUCCGGCGGCACUCCAAGGAUUCUUUAUGCAAUAUUCACACAGUGCUCAAGAGGCCCUCAAGCAGCAUGGUCAACUUUUGUCAACAACAACAACAACCCAAGAUUCCAAGUUGGACAAA